UCUCGUACGUGUGGUACGUUUCCGAUUUUAACAUCAACAGAGUGAGAGUUAUACAACAUAUAUUAUUUUCACCAAACGUAUUCAUUAGACUGUUAUUUCUACAAGUAAGUUAUAUUAUGAUUAUCGUUCAACAGGAAUCUGACAAAGUUUAAAUCGAUCGUCAACAUCAAGAGGCGGCGAAAAUAAGCAUUGGAGAACAGAUAGUGGAAACCAGAUUGGUGGGGACAAGGAGGUCGAAGAUUGAACUUCAAAUCGUUCAUCCAUAACAUAAGCUCACAGUUCUUAAUACUUAACGUUACAUAGCUACAGCUUAUUUGACAUCUACUAUGAGUAUGAGUGCAGAGCAGUCUCUUGCCUCGGCAAGAGCUUCUGUGAUGAUUUAUGAUGACCUGAAUAAACGAUGGAUCCACAGUGGUUCAUCAAGUGGCCUUUCUAAAGUCCAUAUCUAUAAUCAUGUUGCCAAUAACACGUUCAGAGUGGUGGGACGAAAAUUGCAAGAUCAUGAGGUUGUUAUCAACUGUGCAAUCCUAAAAGGAUUAAAAUACAACAAGGCUACAGCAACCUUUCACCAGUGGCGGGACAACCGACAGGUAUACGGCCUGAACUUCAGUAGCAAAGAAGAAGCCGAAGCUUUCUCUCUCACGAUGCAGAGAGCACUGGAAAAACUAAAUCAAAAUAAUGUGACAAAGCCUCCUCCACCUCCUCCUGUACCAAAUCAUCAGUAUGAGCAACAACAGCCUGUUUAUCAACAGAUAGGGGAUUCCAUUCCAGAUGACCAUAAGUUUGGAACCAAAGAAGACACUGGAGGUGAAAGAAAACAAAGCUUAGUUCAGUAUAGUAACAAUUCAGUGGGGAACAGUCACCCACCUACCUCACCCCAACAGAAUGGCCAUCAGCGUACUUCUUCGGGACCUGCUGCUCCUCCAGCCCCACCUCCUCCUCCCAUGCCAGUAAUGUCAGCUGUUCCUCCUCCACCUCCACCACCUCCUCUCAGUGCAAAAGCUCCACCUGCACCACCACCUCCACCCAUGAGUGGAGCACAUACUUUGCCACGCACAGGUCCAAGUUCAGAAAGUGGUGGAAUUGGGGGAUCGUCGCUAGCAGCUGCACUACAGGGAGCUAAACUUAGGAAAACUUCUUCUAAGAGUUCUGAAGGAGGAGGAAAUGGUGAGCCAGCUCGCCCUGCUCCUGUAAACUUAAUGGAUGAAAUAUCUAAAACACUCGCUAGAAGGAGGGCCCAGGUAGAAAACCAUCAAAACAGUCAGGAUGGGGAAAGGGGAGUGGCAAGUAGUGAAACUAAAAGACCGUGGGAAAAACAGAACUCUGUAAAUGGUAACAGUCCAAAUAAAGGAUCGGGGCCAGAAUCACCAAAAUUGUUCCGCAG